CUUUUCCUUUCGGUCACUUCACUCCAGCCCUGGCUUUCGGCUCGAACAAGAAGGGCUCUUGAAGCUGAUCCAGGUGGUUCGUGGUUGCAACCAUCUGGUUGUUUCCCCAUUCCGCCUGCAAUGGCGGGGAGCUUCGACGGGAGGACGCCAACCAGAGGCGUCGAGCAGGCCAUCGUUGCUCUGAAGAAGGGCGCGCAUCUGCUGAAAUGUGGCAAGAGAGGGAAACCCAAAUUCUGCGCCUUCAGGCUAUCAUCUGAUGAGACAACAUUAGUUUGGUAUUCAAAAGGGAGGGAAAAACGCUUGAGCUUAAGCUCAGUGUCAGCUGUGGUUCUCGGACAGAAGACUAUAAAAUUUCUGCGACAGCGUUGCCCAGAAAAGGAGUCCCAGUCCUUAUCACUUAUUUACAGAAACGGAGAGCGCUCACUUGACUUGAUCUGCAGCGACAAAGAUCAAGCUGAAUACUGGUAUCUGGGCUUGAGGGCUUUAUUACCAGCUCCGUGUAGUCCAUGUUCGUCAAUUGGUUCAAGAAGCAGUAGACAGAUAGAAAGUUGCACAAAUACUCCUCGCAGCUAUAUUCAGCUUAAAAGUAGGCUACCAAGUGUGCAUAGCACACCCAGGCACAUACAGGUACAUCCAUCACACAGGAACUCCAAGACACAGGGAAUUUUUUCAGGGGGUAGUGUUGAUUAUUCAGAAGCAUUGUUUUACCCAAGACAGCGAACAUUAUCUGACAUAGAUACCUACCUGGAAAAGCUUACACGCAAGGUGCCAAAUCCAGAUAUACAUGGUUUGAAAAAUAUUAUGGUUGGUAACAAAGAAAAGGACCAUAAAAUUGCCCAAACACCUAAACUGAAAACCUUUGAAGGACCCCGUUCAGCAUUAAGGCUCGAUUCUUUGAAGGAUAUUUUUUUCUGGGGUGAUGUUCUUGGAAGUAUGUUAGACUGUGAUGAUAUGUCAAAAUCCCUUCCAAGGUUAGUGGACUCAACCAACAUGCUUGAUGUACAAAGCAUUGCUUGCGGGGAGACUCAGGUGGCAAUAAUUACUAAGCAAGGGGAGGUCUACUCCUGGGGCAAUGACGGCAGUGGUAGAAUUGGACAUCAAGUAAAUAUCAAAGUCUCCAGACCCGAACUUGUUGAAUCUCUUGCCUCUUUACAUGUGAAGGCUGUGGCAUAUGGAUCAAAGCACACUUGUGCAGUAACAGUUUCUGGUGAACUUUUCGAAUGGGGUGAAAGGACUCAUAUGGGUUUAUUGAAUGACUGCUAUGCAGGGAACCAAUGGUUUCCACAUAAAUUGUUCAGUCCCUUGGAUGGCAUAUCUGUUGCGAAGAUUGCUUGUGGUCCAUGGCACACAGCUAUUGUAACAUCGUCCGGUCAGUUAUACACAUACGGGGAUGGAACAUUUGGUGUUCUUGGUCAUGGAGAUACACAAGGAAUUGCUUGGCCAAAAGAAGUAGAGUCUUUGAAAGGCUUAAAAGUAAAAUGUGUGGCAUGUGGGCCAUGGCACACAGCUGCCAUUGUGGAAGUAACCAGCGAUUUCAAGAGCAAUAUGCCAAGCAGCAAGCUGUUCACAUGGGGUGAUGCAGAUCGGGGGAAGCUGGGUCAUGCUGACAAAAAGAUGAAGCUUGUACCAACUUGCGUUGAUUCACUCGCAGACUAUGAUUUUAUUCAGGUGUCCUGCGGGAUGGCACUCACUGUUGUGCUUUCUCUUACUGGUGUGGUCUUUACCAUUGGCAGUUCCAUGCAUGGCCAAUUAGGAAAUUCCCAAGCAGAUGGUAAAUCUGUUUGUAUUGUUGAAGGACUUCUUAAGUCCGAGUUUGUCAGAAACAUAUCAUCAGGUUCUUCCCACGUAGCAGUACUAACUACAAAUGGGAAAGUGUUUACAUGGGGCAAAGGCAAGGAAGGACAGCUUGGUUUGGGUGACUAUCUUAGUAGGAGCUCCCCAACAUUAGUAGAGGCAUUGGAAGGCAGACAUGUCGAAAGCAUAUCUUGUGGUUACAAUUACACUGCCGCAAUCUGUUUGCACAAGGCAAUCUCAAGAAAGGACCUCUCUGUAUGCAGUGGUUGCAAGAUGUCUUUUGGUUUCACUAGAAAGAAGCAUAACUGCUACCAUUGUGGUUCCAUGUUCUGCAAUUCGUGCAGUAGUAACAAGGUUACCAACGCCGCCCUUGCACCAGACAAGAGCAGACGGUAUCGUGUGUGUGACGUGUGUUUCGGUCAGCUACUGAAAGUUAUGGAUUCUGGUAACAUAAAGUCAGAACUAAAGACCACCAAUGGAGAGAUGUCUAGAACUGAAAUUCUAAGGGCAUACACACCUAAGUUGUCACGUAUAUUCAAGGAUGUGAACCUACCUGUAGAAAAGGUGGGUUUAGUUCACAGUCCCAAUCAGAGAAACGAGGUCCCUGCCACUCCGGUUCAAGCAAAAUCUAGGAGAUGGGGGCAAGUUCAGUGCCCGGCUCAAUUUUUAUCUAAACAAGACAGUUUUCGGUAUCAACAUACAUGUGGUAGCUCUAUAUCCCAAAGAAUGCAUGGCCCUGCUGUGCUGAAGUGUGGCAGCUCUUUGCAACAGUCUACUGAUGGUCAGAGGAAAGGGCUGACAAGCACAGAAACCUUACUCAUGGAAGAAGUAAAGCAGCUUCGUUCACAGGUGACACUUCUUGCGGAGAAAUACCAGCAAAGAAGUCUUCAGGUUCAAUUGUACAAACAAAAACUUGAUGAGACAUGGCUAAUUGUUAGGGAUGAGGCUGCAAAAUGCAAAGCUGCCAAAGACAUCAUAAAGGUUCUAACUGACCAGUGUAAGGCCAUGUCAGAGAAACUUGUGGUUGGUCAGCAACCCGAGGACCCCAAAAUGACAUCUGAUAUUAACCAGGGACAACCAUUAAGAGCAGAUUUGCAACAUUAUGCCAGUGAAAAGUUUCCCACUGAGAAAUUCAUUCAACUCAAAAACACCCAGAAUCAUCACCAGACCAGCAGCCUAGGAGAUGAGGAAUAUGCACCACCUUCAAAUCCUGACGUGCCUGUUGAUGGACCAUGCAGUCAUCAGAAUGGUACGAGAACAUUUGGCAUAAACGGAUAUAUCACAGAAGCGGAUGCCCCUGUUGCCCCCGUCAUGUCCAAUGGUGUGAUUGAGCAAAUCGAGCGUGGGGUGUAUGUUACAUUUGCUGUAUCACCUGGUGGAAAGAAAGACAUAAGACGAGUGAGAUUCAGUCGCAAACAUUUUGGCGAGAAGGAAGCUCAGCAGUGGUGGGAACAGAACAAGAGCAAGGUGUAUGCAAAUUACGGCACUGAACAAACUCAGCAUCAGUUAGCUGUGACAGUCGAGUGUACAACUACAAGAUUAACCACCAAUAGGAGUACCAUUUACUAAGAAGGCACAUCACAAGGAAUUGAUUAAAUGACAUGAGAAAACCAGACAACUGAUUAGCAUUUGCUUCUUUAUCGUUGGCAGUAUAACUUACUGUAGAUACCCAUGUAUAGAUAGGUUUGAGGCAGACGUGGGCUGGGAUUCUGUUCCUGAUUCAGUUGCUGUUGAUCAGUCAUUCAGUCCUGAUAUGAAUCUGUAUCAGUUGUGAAUUCCUUGCAGAAAGUAGAAUUUGAUAAUUUGUCCUAA